CUGCAUCUCGCACCCAAACACAUUGAAAUCCGUGCUGAAGUAGGCAGUGCUCUCGAAUCCCAAGCCAUUCUCUAGCGUCUCGCUCCAGCAUUAUGUUUGCUUCACUUCAACCCAAGCGCCCUGAAGGCACCUGCAGCCAAAAAGGCAACCAUGUUCUCCGCAUUACUUCCGCGAAGUGGCCGGUUACCACUCAUCAACAAACCAGGCAUUCUUCGAACCUAUCGUCAUCAGGCAACCAUCAUCGCAGCGGAACAAUUCCAGAUUCUGAGUUCAAACUCAGCCUUGAAACAAAGUCCCAGUAGGCCCAUCAGGCAAUAGAUGUCGUGGAAUGCAGGAACACAUGACCCGAUAGCAUCACUCCAAAGAAUUGAGAAAUCGAUCCUUACGUGGUGAGGAUAAAUCAGUUGCAAUGCCACUGACUCAAAAUCUAUGUCAACCUGCGAAGAGUCAACCCCAGAUCCCCUCAUCACCGCCAGAAACCACACCAUUGUUCCGCUCCAGCCAGUCAGUCCUUUGCUGGACCAUGUCGUGUGUCGACACAUUUGCUACAUUCGCCAAGGCAUCCUUUCGUCGAGCAGAUCACGGUGCAUGCUCUGAUCUGUAUGACCCCAGAGUCGCUAUCCGAUAUUCCUAGUCUUUCCUUGGGCAUCCAAGAAGCCACAUAUAUUCCAAAGUCAUGCCGACUUCUCAAUCUGUUGGCUCUCAUGGAUUUCUGGAUUUGACAUCACUGCGCCGACCAAGUCAUCCUCCUAAUGCUGCAGACUGGGUUUGCUUCCGGACCCGGAUUAUUGAGCUAUAUCAGAACCAGGACCUACCCCUUCAUCAAGUCUGCUCCUUCAUGGAGGCCACUCAUGGCUUCUUUGCCUCUCCCAAAAUGUACAAAGACAGGUUCAGAAGUUGGGAUGUGCACAAAAAAUACAAUGAAGCAGAUGUCAGAAACCUGUUUGAACGGCUAGCGGAUGGGUCAACAACGUUCCGUGAUGCAAAAAUCCAUGGGCACCCUGUCAAGUGGGCCCGAGUGCGUCGUCGAGUGUCAGAAGGAAUUCGUGGCUUCCAGUUGAGUUCUCGCCACAAAAGACAGUUAGACUGUCUUGUUCAAGAGGAAAAGCUAGCCAGACAGCAGACCCCGUCACAUGCGCCUCAGACUCAAAACAUCGAAGAUGCAUUCAUCAACAAUGCUGCACCUUCGUCUCCUGCCCUUGAGGCACUUGACCGGCGUGGUCAUCAAGUUCUCGUUUCGGUGAAAGCAUAUCUCACCGAACGCGUCUUUGCUUCUGGAGGUCGAGGUUACAUCGAAUCAUGGCUUCCCCCUGACGUGAUUCCCGUUGGCCAUAGGAGAGCCUCAUUCAGCGAGAUGAUUCAUCCAUCCGAGCUCAACCAGAACUUGGCUCGUGGGCUAAGUAUGCUUAUUGAAGGCCGCGAUAGUCCAGCCGCUCCCUUUCUUCUCUGUGCUACCAAUGUUACGGAGACUGUUCUCGCCCAGGAGCACGGAACGUUAACCAGCUGCCUCCUUGAUGCUUUCCAUCCUAGAAAUAUUCCCACCUACCCUCGAAUCGGACAUACGAUAAGUGAGAGCACCUUCACGACUGCACGUCGGACUCUUGGACUUCGCCAUCCUGUCACUUUACUCUGCGAGUUCUUACACAUCUGCACCAUUAAUCAAGCAGCAUCAUCCAUUUUCCACUUUUGGGGUCACUUUUGUCGAUUAUACGCGUCCGCCUUGACCAUUAAGAGUCCAAUGACCAUCUACAUCAAUCAAAAGUAUCUUGAGAAGUUGAUUGAAGUAUGUCAAUAUGAUGAGGCUCUCGCACACAUGCAGCGUUCCCUCGAUCCUGUGUUCUCUAGUCUUUUUGACUCCCCACCAGACGUGGCCGUCGACAUACCUGUCAAUAUACCUGCAUCUUUAUGGUACCUUCGCCAUCGUGCUCGCCUGUUGCGUUGCCUUGGAGAUUUUGGCCAGGCACUGGCAACAUUGAAGGUAUCAAGAAGAGUCAUCACUGCAGAAUUGAACAAGUUGCGAGUUGGUAUUGCCGGCAGUCCCAUUCUGGAAGAGAUCUUUCGCACCAUUGACGAGGUUGCGCUAUAUCAUGCAACCCAGGCAAGUUUUACAGCCGAGGAGUAUUCCCAGUACAGCUUUCUUGCGCAAGAAGUGGCAGUCACUUUGUGCGCGGCAGUACGCGGCGAUCAAGACAGUAAGACUCUGAGCAUGGUGUCGACUCUUGAGCAGAACUAUCGGCAAAUAGGGCUAGCGGAUAGAGCCAGGUCGCUCAGAGAGGCUUACCCAAGAGUCUUCGCCAGCAAUUGGGCAAGAUUCGAAACAAUGUCCAGACACCAUUUCCCGUGUCGGUCUUGUGGCAAUGGACCCAAUACACAAAUCUUCUGCGAUCAGCAUAUGAUGUCUCUGGAUGACCCGGAGGAGGACAUGGAUGUGAUUGCUUAUCGGGUUGGGAUAGCGUUUGCCUUUCUUCCUGAACGAUAUGAUUGACCUCGUCGAGGCAAAAUAACAGGUUUGGAGACAGGAGGCGCUUUCAUUGGCCAUUUUAUCGUUCACGACUGUCACAUGUGGAAUCUUGACGCGUCUCUCAGCUUUUUUUACUGUAUUUCUAGCUUAUGCAUUUGCAAAUGAUACUAGUUUAAGCGCAAGAGAAUGCUAUGUAUGAAGCUAGAGUUCUAGUGGCCGUCGAACG